AUGGGGGAUAAUUACGAGUUAGGAAUAUACAUCAAAAAAACGGAAUUAAUAAAGGAACAAUUAAAUAAAUUAAAUCAUAUUAUAGGUAGCGAAUUUGGCUACUUUUGUAGUGGUAAUAAAAAUGAAACUUUUCCAUCAAAUGAUUCAAAUAAAUUUUCUAAGAGUAUAUUGAAUAUAUUUUAUACAUCAUGGAGGAUGGAAGAUUUUUCUAAAUUUAACUUAAGGAGUGUAAUGAACAUACUGAAAAGAAACCAAUAUGUCGUAACGUGUGUAUAUUUCCUUGCAAUUUUUACUUGUGUCUACUUUUCUACCUUGUUUUUGUAUACUAAGUGCUUUAGAAGAAUCUUAAAAAUAUUUGCCUGUAGAAUAUGUAAAAAGGAGGAUGAAGGGGAAGUAAGAAAAGAAAGCGGGAUGGAAUAUGGGGUAGGAAAUGGGAUAGGAAAUGGGGUAGGAAAUGGGAUAGGAAAUGGGAUAGGAAAUGGAGUAGGAAAUGGGAUAGGAAAUGGAGUAGAAAAUGGGACAGGAAAUGGAGUAGAAAAUGGGAUAGGAAAUGGAGUAGAAAAUGGAGUAGAAAAUCGGAUAGGAAAUGGAGUAGGAAAUGGAGUAGAAAAUGGGAUAGAAAAUGGAGUAGAAAAUGGGAUAGGAAAUGGAGUAGGAAAUGGGAUAGGAAAUGAAGCACUAAAUGAAGAACGUCAUGAAGGACGAUACGAACAUGGAAGAGAAAAACCUAGAGAUGAAAAGAAAGAUGGUAUUAAAAAUUUGAAAAAAAGAAUGUCCAGUAUUAUAUCUUAUUCAUUUUUGUGUAUUUUGUUAUGUUUCCUUGUUUUCUUGGGUUCCUGGUUCAUAUACCGUUUUUUGAAAACGAAGAAUGGUAUUCACAUGAAUAUCUGUAGUGUAUCUAAAAGUAUAGAGAAUGUUUUGGUCGACAGAUGCUCUAAUAAUGCAAAAGUAGACGAAGUUUGUUAUUCUGUAGAAACCAUUUUAAAUGAAGUAGUAAUCAUUGUAGAAAAAUAUCAAAAUGUGAAAGACCAAAUUAGGCAAGAUAUACACCUCGAUGAGGAAAAUUCUAUCCCCUUCUUCUCAGACUACAUAAAAUUCUUUAACAACAUAAAAAGAUUACGAACGAACAUUCAUAACAACAACAAGGCGCUAGAGGAAGGUUACUAUCACUCCUACCCUGUACUAAUGAGGAUAAAAGAAGUGCUAGAUAGUAUAAUAACACAAGGAGAUGGAUAUUUGCAGAAUACACAGAUGACAAUAAAACAUGGGAAGAACGUAAUUAAAGCAGCUAUCACUAAUGUUGACAUGAGUAUAGAACAAUCGUUAAAAGAAAAUAUAGAUAAGAUAACAACAAAAUUUGAGUUAGUUAAUAAAUCAGUAUACGAUAUUACACGUAAAUAUAAAAUUAAAGAUAAUAUACGUAAAUAUACAUUAACAUUGUUAAUCGCAAAGUUUAUCUUAUUAUUACCUCCAGUACUUAUAUUAAUAGGACUAUUUCUCUUUAUUUUUUAUUUAAUAAAAGGGAAUAUAUCAAACAGUAAUCAUUUUUUCUUAGAUCUAUUUGGAGUAUUUAGUGCUUACUUUGGAUUUCUUACAAUCGUAACUCUCUUAAUGGGCACGGUAAUACUAAGCGUAUCCAUCAUAGGAGGGACAACAUGUGUAAUAUCAGAACGAGUAUUAAAAAAUGAAUUAAAUUUUGAGGUUUUUACUGAUACAUUACUUGAGUAUUGCUUAAAAAAUAAAAAAUCUUCAAUAAUAGAAGAAAAUUUAGCUACUAAUAUUCUAAACAAAAUUAAUUCUUUUGAUAUAAAUGAAAUAGAAAAUAGAAUAAUGGAAUAUGGCACUUUCUUUACAAGAAUUAAGCAAACUUUUAAUAAAAAUACUAGUAGUUUUUUGGAUUACUUAUGGGUAAUAGUUGUCAAAAAGGAUAAUAAUCAAUAUUUAGAUAAUAUAAAAUUAAUAUCUCUUAAAAAAUCUUUACUAGUAACAGGUGUUACAAGGGAUAAUGUUCGCUUUGGGGUUUGGAGUCUCUGGGGUAUAAAUGAAUAUAUUAGUCAUUUGAACAGGUACUUUUUUAAUGAUAACUAUGCAUUAUGUUUUGAAGAUACUACAUGUGAAAAAAAUAUAAAUAAAUAUAAUAUUUGCUAUAAGUCUAGCAUAAAUGAUCUGAAAUAUAUCAAUCUACGUAAUAAAUUAAACAAUGAUGUGCUAAAAAACGACUUAGAUAACGUUGUUAAUAUAUUUAUAAAGAAAGCUAAAAUUCUAAAGGAAAAAAUAUUCGAUCUAAGCGAUUUAGACAAUACUGUAACAAAAAAGAUUGGAUGGGAUGAAUACACACCAAAGGAUAAAGAUAAAGCACAAAGUAGUUCUAUAAUACGAAAAUAUUUAGUUAAUUCUGUUGAUAGUAUAAACUUUGCUGAUAUAUUAAAUAUAUUUGCAAAAAUUAAGAAUGGAUUCAAUUCGUUAAAAGAAUUAAUUAUUACUACUGUUGAAUCCUUAAUAAAAAAUAUGAGUUGCAACAGAGUUGUUAAUGAGUUAAAUAGAAUCAGACAGAAUUAUUGUGAUCAAGUUGUCUUAAAUGCUACACUUUUGUCAAUCUCGUUAAUUGCCUUUUCCACCAUCUCCUUUUUGCUGUGGUACUUUUUCCUCUUUUGCUGGCUCUAUUACCAAUUAAAGGCCAUCUGA